UGGCCGGUCAAUCCGGACGCGUGAGAGUAGGCUAUUCUAAAUCGCUCCCACCAACACCUGAAUCUGGGACACAUUUUGUCAGCAGCCGCGAAGCAUGGCUCCUUCUGUGGUAACUGAAUAGCCAGUGUAAUUUGACACUUCAACUUGCCGUGGUUCUCUACGGUAGUUGAUUCAGUCACUCACACACACACACACACAUCAACGCUACCUUGGGUGCUUUUUCUUGUAUCUGUGAAGUGGAAAGGAACGCAGUAUACACGAGAUUCUGAAAAACAAACCGGAUUUCUUCUCCAAGCCGAGGUUCCAAGAUAAAAGUCUGGUGUACACGGACGGCCAGUGACGACCACUCCUGAAGGAUAUAACUCACAUGAAGGGAGGGGUGGGGGUGAGGGGGAGGUUGUGACAUCACUCCCAGCCCAAGUCAGCGUUCGAACCGGCAUGUUCUAUGAUUGAUGAGGAAGUAGCGAAGGCUUUGGUUAAUAGGAAACUCAGGAACCUCCCUCUCCGCUGAGUGCUGAGUGUUGAUGGCGUUGCGUUAGGCUAGAGGACAGGAAGCAGUCAUCAAGAUGAACUCAUUGCCGUCGAUGGAUCGGCACAUCCAGCAGACCAACGACAGGCUGCUGUGUAUCAAACAGCACUUACAGAACCCGACCAACUUCCAUACAGCAGCAACAGAGCUGCUGGACUGGUGUGGAGAUCCCCGAGCCUUCCAGAGACCCUUCGAACAAAGCCUCAUGGGGUGCCUCACGGUGGUGAGUCGUGUGGCAGCCCAACAAGGCUUUGACCUGGACCUUGGCUACAGGCUGCUGGCUGUUUGUGCUGCUAACAGAGACAAAUUCACGCCCAAGUCUGCAGAAACCAACACCUGCAGGAGAUGUCAGAGUGACUCAGCCCUGCUGUCAUCGUGGUGCGAGGAGCUCGGUCGCCUCUUGCUGUUGCGUCACCAGAAGAGCAGACAGAACGAGCCGCCCCAGGGAAAAGUACCCAUGCAGUCCAGUAUGAACACCAUGAAACCGGCUGGAGGUCUCUCACAUGGUGAUGGGCCAUUUCCCUACGACUCAGUCCCAUGGCAACAGAACACAAACCAGCCUGCUGGGUCAUUGUCGGUAGUUACCACCGUAUGGGGUGUGACCAACACAUCACAGAGUCAGGUAUUGGCCAACAGCUCCAGCCAUAUGAAUCCGGGAGGUAACCCCAUGGGUCAGGGUAUGUCCGGGGGUCCGGCCGGCCUCAACUCGCCCCAGUUCCCCGGCCAGCAGCAGCAGUUCCCGCCCAAGGGGGGCCCUUCCCAGGGCUACAUACAGCAGGGGAUGUAUGGUCGGCAGGGCUACCCGGGUGGAGGUGGCUACAGUGGCAGUUACCCAGGGGGUCCUAACACUCCCCCGGGGGGGAUGGGCGUGCCCCAACACUCCCGCCAGGCUGGCGACUUCACACAACCAGCGGCUGCUGCUGCCGCCGCCGCCGUUGCCGCCGCCGCCGCUACGGCAACUGCCACGGCAACGGCUACUGUGGCAGCCAUGCAGCAGGAGACCCAGAACAAAGAAAUGAACCAGUAUGGACAGAUGUGUUCCUCCUUCCAGAUGGGCCCUGCCCAGGCCUACAACAACCAGUUCAUGAACCAGCCCGGCCCCAGAGGGCCCCCUGGAGGCAUGAAUCCAGGCGGCAUGAACCAGGCCAUGAACAACCCCAGCAUGGGUGGGCCUCCCAUGGGCAUGAACCAAGUCCGAGCCCCAGGCAUGGGGCCUUUCGGGGCCCACGGACAAAGGACUCCCCAGCAGGGCUACGGAGGUCCUGGAGGCCCCAGGCAGGCCAUGCCAAUGCAGGGCAUGAAGAGGCCGUACCCAGGAGAGCAGAACUACGGGGGUCAGCAGUACGGUUCAAAUGGUCAGUUCCCUCCCCAGCAGGGUCAGUACCCUUCCUCUAACCCAUCCAGACCGAUGCCUUCCCCCAAUUACCCCGGCCAGAGAAUGCCCGGGGGGCAGGGAUCGGGCCAGUACCACCCUCAAGGCCUGCCCAUGGGACAGUUCUAUAAGCAGGAGCCAUUCAGUGGUCAGGGCAACAGCUUCUCUGGAGGGGGAUACCCAUAUGGCCAGGGCAAUGGGGCCCCCCGGCCGGGUAACUACCCCCACUCGCCGGUGCCUGGCAACCCCACCCCCCCCAUGACCCCUGGGAGCAGCAUGCCGCCAUACCUCUCGCCCAACCAGGAUGUCAAGCCCCCGUUCCCGCCCGACAUGAAACCAAAUUUGACAGCGCUUCCACCUCCCAAUACAGUAAAAAGGAAAGCUGACGUCCUGUCUUCCUGUCCUGUCUCUCCGCUCCAAUCAGCCAAUCCCAACGAGGAGUUGCGGUUGACGUUCCCAGUCCGGGACGGCGUGGUGUUGGAGCCUUUCCGGUUGGAACACAACCUGGCCGUCAGUAACCAUGUCUACCACCUACGACCAUCAGUACACCAGACCCUCAUGUGGAGGUCAGACCUGGAGCUGCAGUUCAAGUGUUAUCACCAUGAAGACAGACAGAUGAACACUAACUGGCCCGCCUCUGUCCAGGUCAGUGUCAACGCCACACCCCUGACCAUCGAGCGGGGUGAUAACAAGACGUCCCAUAAACCUUUGCACCUGAAGCAUGUGUGUCAGCCUGGCAGAAACACCAUUCAGAUCACAGUCACUGCCUGCUGCUGUUCGCAUCUGUUUGUGCUGCAGCUGGUCCACAGACCUUCAGUCCGCUCCGUUCUGCAAGGACUGCUGAAGAAGAGACUUCUUCCAGCAGAACACUGCAUCACCAAGAUUAAGAGGAACUUUAGCAGUGUUGCGGCCUCGUCGGGUAACACCAAUCUGAAUGGAGAGGACGGCGUGGAACAGACCGCUAUCAAAGUGUCCCUCAAAUGUCCAAUCACAUUUAGACGCAUCCAGCUGCCCGCCAGGGGCCACGACUGCAAACACGUACAGUGUUUUGAUUUGGAGUCGUAUCUGCAGCUGAAUUGUGAAAGGGGGACAUGGAGGUGUCCUGUAUGCAAUAAAACAGCGCUGUUAGAAGGCCUUGAGGUGGACCAGUACAUGUGGGGAAUCCUCAAUGCCAUACAGAAUUCGGAGUUUGAGGAGGUGACCAUUGACCCAACAUGUAGCUGGCGACCAGUGCCCAUCAAGUCUGACCUCCAUAUUAAAGAAGACCCGGACGGACCGCUGGCAAAACGCUUUAAGACUAUGAGCCCUUCCCAGAUGACCAUGCCUAAUGUCAUGGAGAUGAUUGCCCAGCUGGGCCCUGGCCCCUCCCAUUACCCAUCAGGCCCUGCUCAGCACGGGGUUGGUGGUGCCGGGGGCAACCCAGUGGAGUACGGUGGCCCGAGAGGCCCAGGCAACAGUUACCAUGGCCACGGGAACUUUGACUUCCCACACGGUAACCCCUCGGGUGGGGGAAGUGGACCAAGAGGAGGGGGAUCGCCCUUGAGUGACUUCAUCCACCCCCCUCAGUUGUCCCACCCCCCAGACGUCCCCGGGGGUCUCCUAUCGCAGGACAAGCCCCUGAGUCAUGGAAUCAGCGACCCUAUGUCUCAUCCUUCCAACACUGAUCAGUCCCAUAAUUCCAUGCAACAGCAGAGCUUGCACGCGCCUCCUCACCCCAACAGCCAAUCGUUACAUCACAGUGGCAGCCAUUCAGGGCAGUCGUUACAUCACGGCCAAUCAUCGCAGCCCCCUCGCCAGCAGGCCCUGCCUCCCCAGCAGCAGCAAGGCCAGAACAGCCACCCGCAUGGCGAUCUGAACUUUAACCCCUCUGGCAUCGAAGGUCAAAUGAGUGGUGACAUGCCCGAGCCCUCUCUAGAUUUGCUUCCAGAGCUGGCCAACCCAGAUGAGCUUCUGUCCUAUCUGGACCCUCCAGAUCUCCCCUCCAACAGCAACGAUGACCUCCUCUCCCUCUUUGAGAACAAUUAACCCUUUGCCACCCUCACCCCUGAAGCCAAACCCAAACCACACACACAUACAAACACACACAGCCCAGUCUGUACUCUGUAGGGUCCAGGGACAUACCUUUGUCCUCAUAUGGACUAGAAGUGGGGACGCUUCCCUGGUGUACUGACCCAAAGUGUAGUGCACUUCCCUAUGUGAUGCAUACCCAGGGUUCAAAGUUCAAACCCUCAGUCAGGUCACACCUCCUACACACUUGGGAACACUGUCGGCCCCACACACACACAUACACACACAUUGUUUUGUGAAAGGUGGCAUCGGAGCAACACCGAAUCCCCCGUCAGAUGAAUAUGAUGAGGAUGACUGUGUGGCAGGAGUGGACACUGUGUGACAGAGACAGACAGGAAAUGGGAAAUGCACUCAUGACCUCACUUCCUCUUCCUCACGCACACUCUUUCUUAUGUAAAAACUCUUUGCACUCCGCUGCUGUGGAGCUCCUCUUGCUGACAACAACACUACACUGACAGCCAUGUUGGCUGUCUGGCCCUCAACUGAUAUCUCUUGACUUUUUGAACGAAAACUGUGCAGCUAAUAAUAAAGUUCUAUGUGUAUGUCCUCACACAGACAGAACUCUGUGUGGGCUUCUCAUUUAGGAAAAAGUGUUGUAGCAUUUUCUUUUAAUCAUCCUUAUUUGCCCCUUAUAAAAAAAAAAAGAAAAAAAAAAGACGUGAAUCGCAAAGAGAAGUCAUAUUUUUGUCCUGGCUGGUGUUUCUAUCUAUUCACUUUUUGACGCGUGUUCUUCCAUGUCCUGACCCCAUUUGCAACCCAACAUUUCAACCCUGAAUAUUGACCCACAGUGUGUUCCUAUGACCUCUGACCCUUAGCUCACAGUGUGUGUUUCCUACGGAACGUCAAGUCAGUCAGCGCUGGAUUAAUUCCACUCAGCCUCCUGGAUCACAACGGUCAGAGCCCCACACCUCACCACAUGCAUAGGUAGAGCCCUGAGAGGAGAGGCCAAGGCCUGUGGAGGAGUAUCCAAAUCUGAAGCUGCUAGCUCGACCCAAACCGGUCCACAGGAUAUUACAUUGCGAUGCCAUUUUGGACCAUUUCCAAAUAUUUUAGUUUUUCGGUCACAAUGAUGAGAAUUGUGAGCGUGCGUGUGUGCGUGUGUGUGUGUGCGCGUGAGUCUGGUUGUUUGAGUGACUGUGGGAGACGUCAAGAGAGGAUGAGAGUAACGAAAAAGUCCGUCCCUAUAUAGUCUAUCAUAGCCAGACACAGCUAGUGUUGCAGAAAAUACUUGCCCAUUGUAAUAGAGCCAUAUUGCCUGUUUCUCCCUAUUUAGCAUGAGUCUUCCUUUGUUCCACAGGCCUUCAAUUGCUCCUGUAACCAUACUGUAAGAGUUGGCCAUGUGUAAAGAGGUUCUUGUGUGCCAAUGGCCUAAGUUCUAUACUAGAUGGAAACAUUCUUGUUAUUAAAAGUUUCUGGCUUUUGCAUUUUUUCCCCCCAUUGUGUUUUAAUUUAACAUGAUCUUGAAAAGUAAUGAUUUUGGUUAAUGGUAAUGUACUGUCUAAAUGUUUCUUUCCGUGUAUGUUCCACUUUAAAUGUUUGUUGGAAAAUGGGCAUGUGUGAUCCAUAACCAAAGUUAUCCCAGAGUUUAUAGAAGGGGUGGAGUUGGAAAUCUACUAUAAGAAUGAGAUCCAUCUAUGCUAUACGCAAACACCUAGGGAACCCAUCCUUUUUUUUUAAAUUUUGUACAAGAUCGUAAGGUUUAUUAUUCUAUCCUCAUAGCUUUUUUUUGACAUUGUUUUCCUAUUUUAAGUUAUUUUGUUUAUCUAUUCAGUGACUUUGUGAGAAUAAUCAUACAGUCAUUGGUUUACAACAGAACCUGUAGCCUGCAAAAUGAAAUGGAAGAUUUCUAGAUCAGUUUAUGGAUAUGAAUUUAUGAAUAUUUUUAGGACUUAGGAAUGAUUCCUAAUGAUGGUUGAGUCACCAGUACAGAGCUGACCUUAUGAUCCUUUAGCCUGUCUGUCUGUGUCUGUCUGUCUGUCUGUCGAAGACAAAGCACUGCCACCGCGAGGUAUUUUAAUUCCCCUACCCUGUCUUUCUGUAGAUUUAUGUAAACAUGAUGCUGAAGUCUGGCCUAUCAACAUUACACUCUAUACUCCACAUAGACGUUUGAGCCUUGUCCAAACUGUAGCUGUACAGUCAAUGGACAUGGGUUGAGUGUGUUAGAGGAUGCAAUGUAUUUUCAUUUAGAAAAUGGGAGCUAUUGUGACCCCACCCCUCUCUAUUGCAUCACUAAAAUGUAGGAGGAGAGAGGGGAGGGGCCAGAGGGUUUAAAGGAUGCAUGUACAUAAUGUAAAUGACAAAUAGAGAGACAUUAACUUACAGAAAUGUAGAACUGUUCCCCAUGCAGGGAGCAAUGAUGCACAUUGUGUAUUUAGAAUUUGUAAAGUUUGCAUCCUCCUGUCAGAAGAGGCUGUUGAUUUGUGGGAAAAGGAGUCUGUGUUUGAUAGGCUGUACAGUUCUCGCUCUUCGACCACACUUGUUCAUUUAAUAUGUAAGAUACUUUAUUAUCUACUCCUCAAACAUGGGUGAGUUGGAAAAAGAAAAAAAGACAUUUGUUUCCCUUUGUGUAAAAUUCAACUUCUGUGUAUUUCUCUAUUACCUGUGUACUUUAUAAAGGUGCUACAACAACAAAAUAAUAAAGAUUCUGAGGUAUAAAUCGGGACGUUGGAACCAUAAGUGGUUUCUAAAGAUUGUUGAUACCAAAUUUACAGUUUGUACAAUUUUGGCAACCGUUUUUACUCAAUUAGGCAAAACAUUACUUCCAAGGUACAAUUUGAAGUGAUUGGCACACCAAGUGGCAGUUGUCUCUUUUUGUUUUGUACAUUCUGUGUACAAUCAUUUCAUAUUCUAAACUGGUCAUUAAAAAAUUGUGAUUUUUAGUCUUGCAUUACUGUAUGUAGGUAGAUGUGACAUCCUAAUAUUUAUCUAAUAAAUAUGUAUUCAGAUGAAA